GGUUAGAUAACUACUGAUGAGUUCAGUUAUAGACCUUAGAUAACUUUGAAAGGUGUAUAUUACUACUCAACAGAGUUAUUUCUCUUCAAAAACUGUAGUGUUCCCCAGCGUUACUGACUAGAUGGUAAAACAAAGAUGAAAUGCUAGUUAUAAUUGAUCAAGUAGAAGACUAUAGUAAUACAAGAGCGGGAAUUUUAUUCUAAACAUGAACUGGACCCUAACAGGACACAACCAAAGGUCAUCAGUGAGACACAACAUUAGAGAAAUAUUACAGUCAUUCAGAAAAUGAACCUUCAUUUGCCAAUCACAGUCCUAAGGAGAACUACUAGACUGUGCAUUGACUAGAUACGUCCUAUUAUUCUUGAGAGAAUGUCCACUAACUAUGGCGUCACUUCAAAAUCACUCAAUCAAACUAAAUUAUUACACGACAUCGAAUUAGCUCAACUCAACCAUACUCCCCCAAUACACAUGAACUCUAGCCAGGGCGUCGAUAGAUACCUAAAGACAAAUACCGACAUAGACUACGACAUGUCCUUCAAUGGCGCCACAUCUGACACCUAUGUGUCGAGCACCUAUGAACGAGGUUUCGCCACAAGCGCCCAUGUCGGCAUCGUACUCUGUACAGUUGGAAUCUUCUUUAAUUUGAUUCUUAUCCUACUGCUGUGUUCUUCAAAAAACCUGAGGUCUAAUUAUCUGUACUGUCAGAUCCUGAGUAUCACGAUAGCUGACCUGGGAUUUAUUACUUUGGUUGACUCCUUCACAGUUUAUUAUGAAUUACAUCCUUGGACUUUAGGAGCUGACUUUUGUAAAACCUGGAUGAUUCUAGAUGGCACACUGCCCAGUGUUGCCUUGUUGGCACUUCUCCUUCUCAACGUUGACCGGGUCCUAUACACCUACAAGAACGAGUGGUACCAGCACAUCAUGUCCCAUAGUGUACUACACGUACUAUUGCUACUUACACCCUGGUGUGUUAGCUGCUCUGUGGUGUGCUCUCUAUGGCUGGGCUUCCCAGCGGUGGAGCCUCUGCCCAAUGUUUGCAUGUACGGCAUUACUGCUGAAGCCCAUGCCGCUUCCAGCUGGCUGACAGUAUUUCUUCCCUCAAUGGUUAUACUUGUGUUACUGAUCUUUGUCUUCAUUGCAGUCAUUGGGGAGAUGCCUGCCAUCAAUCAACUCGGUUCCAUCCAGCUGCUUCCCACUUUCCCGAAUCCCAUGAAUGAGGGCGCUAAUGAAGAUGAUUCAUGUGAUUCUAAUAUCAGAACAAGAUCUGAUGUCACUGACAGAAAUAGGAUCGCAGAUAAUGGUUCUGUCACAAAUGGCGUAAGAGCAAGACGACAAAGGCGUUUUGUCACGGCGUUACUGGCAGUGGACUUUGUUAGCCUAGCUAUCACAUUGCCCUUUUCUGCAUUUUCUUUGGUGAGUCCUAAGUGUCAGGACCUUCAGAGUUGUGAUUCCCUGAGGACAUUAUUUCAGACAUUAAGUUGGAUGAGAUCUUCAGUCACGUGUCUUAGACCAAUUUUAUUUAUUCUGUUAACAGACAUGUUCCAAUCAUUUAAACAAAACUUGAUCAGCUGGUAUGUGAGGGAACACGAGUCUACCAUGGAGAACAGCUCAACAAUGAUGCACGGGAACCCAAGCGAGUACCUUAUUCUGACUCGCAUCAUCAACAAGAACUCUUGUAGUCUGCGGAGUCGUAACAAUUCGACCAGCACUACCUACGUCAUGACACCUCCGCAGUCGCCCUUUAUUGUAGAUUCACCUGUCCAAACUAAAAUAUGUACAACAUUUUCCACAGCAGUGAAAUCAGACGGUGAUAUUACAUUCUUAUAGAAGAAGCUGAGAGUUGUUGGACUUGUUCAAUUCAUUUCAGCUGUUAGUAAGGAGGAGAGAUUAUUUGCAUACAAAUACAUACACCACUUGCCUAUGUAAAUAUUCAUGUUUCUGAUAUAAAGCAGAACUGGUUUUUUUUUAGCUCAUUAGUACUUGAAGGCUAUGAGUAACUACAGAACCGGAUCUAUAACGUGAAUCAACAUGCUCUUCCAGACUGAAAAGUCCGCCUCAUUUUUCUUCCCACUAAGACUAUCAUUGUUUUAAUUGAUAAUUGAAGUGAACAAAAAAAAAUACGAUGACGUAAUUAGGAGUGACAGACUGAAAAAAAGGGGGAUAAUAAGUAAAUCAUAGUAGUAGAGGGAGACAAGACUGCGAUAUUACUUGAAAUAUGAUAUGGACUAUCCAUGUACACUGAACUAGUCAGAAUGAAAGGUCAAAGUUGAUCAUUGUGUUUGAUCUCAAAAGAAUUUCUUCUUUUCAUAGCAGACAAAUUCUACAGUAAUAUCAACUUCCUCAGCUGUAUUUAUAUGUUGAAAAUAAUGACGUAGACACUCUAACAUGUUGUUAUUGAUAACUCUCGUAUGUCAUGUGAUUUUAAAUAUAAUUUAACCAAUAAAAGUUGGCAAAAAUAAUAGCUUACACUUGCAGUCCAGAGUGUUAGCAGCAGGAACUAGAUGUAGUACCGCCCGUCUUUCUCAACAAACAUAAACAGCUGCUCAGACAUUUUUUUAAAAAUUAAAUAUGCAUUGAUUGUUUCACUUCAUUUUUAGUUUGUUUGCAAAGAAAAGUAGCGUAUACAAUGUUUUUUUUAAUUCUGAACACAACAAUAAGGUAUUGAUUUUACGAGUUUUAAAACUGUUUUUUCUAAUGUAAUGAUAUCAGGUUCUAAUGGCAUUUUGAGCUAAUAUGACAAGCUUUUGGGAGAGAUAAAAUCCAGCGCCAAUCUCACAAGGUGUGCUUUUAAUACUUGGUCUUAAUAUGUCUCCUUCUGACUCGGAAGACAAUGGAUGCGCCCAGAUGAGUCACUGGUCUUGGUUGCGUCUUCAGACGAAUCUGAGUCUGAUGUGACUAAUUAAGCCGAAUCUGAAGCGGCAGAGGUUUUCCACAGUUCGUGUAUGUAUAUGCUUAUGUUUUAGGGCUAGUUGACAAGGCAUCUUUUUUUUUCUUUCUUUUGAUUAAGGCAGCUUCGUUUCUUUUGACAUUAGCGAGGUUCAUACCAUCACGUACAGACUGUUUCCAUGUUGUCCUGUCUUGGGCUCCUUACUUGGUCUUAUUUGCUAAGCAAUUCUUUGGACGGCCCUUUCUUCAUGCUCCAUACAUUUGACUUUGAAUGAUGACUUUUCACAGUCAGUCAUGUCUUACAAUAUGACCGAUCCAACUCUGCUUUCGUCUCUUCAGAGUUACUACUUUUUGACAGCCAGAGUCUUGACUUGUAACAGUACAAUCUCAUUUGUCUUCUUUUUUUUUGGUAUCUGAUACCCAGCAAUAUGGCCAUGAUAUAAAAAAUUCAGCAUUGUUUGAUUGCAAUCUAUUGAAAAUUUCAGAUUGGUUUUAGUUUAAUCCCUGAAGAUAAAAAAAAAAGUUGUUUUUUUUUUUUUCACGUGGAUAAACAGUACUAUAAACAGCAUUAUAAACAACAUUAUAAAGAUACACAAACUCUACUAUAUAUAAACUAAACAUAUAUUACCCGCGGCCCGCGGGUUUUUUCUUUGUUUGAGUAUAACUGUCGAUGAGUCACUGAGAGUGGUUUGUAAACAAUUAAAUGAAAUAAUAUUGUUAUAAGUAAAGGGAAUGCGUAAAAAUGUAAUAAUAGUAUGAGUGAAUGGUGCUAUCAAAAUAGCUAAUCGACUUAAAUCCAUUUUUUUCAAAUAAAAACAUUUGCUUGUAGGCCUACAUAUAUUUGAUUAAAAUUAAAUGAAUAGACUUAAUUUUGUAUGUUCAU